UGUUCAGCAUUCUUGUCUUGCUGUCGGCCGGUUGUGUGGUUCUACACAGCUAACGAAGAGGCUUUGGACAUGAUUUCCAACUAAUUUCAAGCCUGCAGAGUGGAAAGAAUCACUACUAUGUCUGAAAGUGAUGUUGUAAACGGACUCAUUGACUCAUCGCUAUCUAACAAGACUAGAAUGACUAAGGACGAUGAUAUAGGGAAGCUUUUUGUGGGUGGUUUAAGCUAUGACACAUCAAAAGAGGGGCUAAAGAAAUAUUUUUCACAAUUCGGCGAUGUAGUUGGUGUAGAUAUCAAAUUUGACGCGGUAACGGGCAGACCGAGAGGGUUUGCUUUUGUACAGUUUAAAUAUCAAUCCCAAGCGGACGCGGUUGUAAAUGGAGGUCCACACAUUCUAGAUGGCAGAACAAUUGAUCCAAAGUAUGCAGCACCUAUUGGAAAGCCUCCUCACUUGAGAGUUAAGAAGAUCUUUGUUGGUGGGUUAAAAGCUGAGACAUCAGAUGACCACAUACGAGAAUACUUUGGAAAAUAUGCACCUGUGAAAGAAAUAGAAUACAUAACAGAACAUACAAGUAACAAGAGAAGAGGGUUUUGUUUUGUGUCAUUUGAGUCUGAAGACACUGUUGACACRAUAUGCGAGACCCAGUUUCACAAUGUAAAUGGGAAUAAGGUUGAAGUAAAGCGAGCUCUCCCAAAAGAACUCCAGCAGCAGCAGGCAAUUUUGAAAGCUACUGGACGUGGACUUAUUCCAACCCUAGCUCCCUUUGCUGGUGUGGUGACGGGAAGGUUAAGGCCCACUACUCUAGGGAGGGGUGCUAUUCGACCUGGUCUGGGUAUAGCUAGUAGUGGAUACCCAUAUAUUUACAGCACUGGUGUCGGUGCUGGUACUGCAGCAUUUGACCCUGCCAUCUACCCCAUUGGUUUAGGAGGAUAUCCAGGAUACAGYACAGGAAUUCCUCCUGGCUAUCCUACUGCUGCUGCUACUGCUGCCGCAUAUGAGGCUUUUGGUACUUACCCAGUGUCAUCAAGAAGCAGUGAUGUGCGUUAUGCAGGCUCAUUCAGCUUAAAACACACAAACCAAAAACCACUUGAAGAUCACAAACAUUAAUCGUAUCUAUUUUCUUGCAUGCAUUAGUUGAUACCUUUAUUGUAUGCACAGUCAACCUUUUUUAGAUUAUUUUAGAUCUUUUUUUUUCUGAAUACGUUUUUUAACUUUCCCAGCAAAUGGUAUAAUGACUCAAAAGGCUGACUGUGCCUUUACAGUGCAAACACUAACAUGUCGACUGAUUCUCUCAUUUCUUUAGCACUGAUAGUUAUCAGAAAGUAAUCAGUGUUGUACAAUUUAGUGUCUGCACUGCAAUAAYGCUGCAUGGAAGUCAAUUUUUACUAUUUAUUUUCAAAUAUUUCAAGUAUUUACCUCUGAGAGUUUUUUUAUCUAUUUUAUUUUAUCUUCGUUGCUUUUGAAAUUACUAAUAGAAACAUGUUGUUUCCCACCAUCCCCUUUGAGCCUAAAGUAUGUUUGCAUGUCUUGCUGCUGAAUUACCUCUUGACUUAAAUUAUCCACUAAUGUAUAACUGUUAAACCGUUUAAAACGAUCAGUGCGCUUAAGGUAAGAAACUAAUAACGUAAAGUCGGUCUUUUGGGUGUGGUAAAGCUACUGUUAAAGAAAGCCCGUCAUGUAAUGUAUUCUCGCAGUAAACAUAACGACUGAGUAACGUUAAGGUGAUGACGGUAAUUAACUAAUGACAAUGUUGCAACUGAGAACAUUAGAGACAACAAAGCCAGAAUAGAUCGAAAUAUUUUUAGAUUCAAGUUUUUAAAAAGCAUUUUCAAAUAGUCUUAUUUUCCUAUAUACAAAUUAACCCCUUACGGCUAUCAUGAAAAAAGUGAUUUCAAAAUGCAAGGACAUAAUAACAUUUCAUGGUAGUCGGCAGGAUUUCCACGUUUUUCAAUCUAUUCAAAAGCUUUUGCUAAGUAUGAAUGAAUGGAAGAUCUGCCGGUAUCAAAGUUGUACAGUAGUUUAUUUAUCACACUACACAAUGGUAGUGACAAUACUCGCUAUUGAUACCGAAAGAUUGACGUAUUGUACAUGAAGACAGAUUAUUUACGGCGUUGUACGCAAACAACCAAAAUUAUCAAAAUUCUUGCCAAGCAAGUAUAUAGUAUUGUGGUAGCAACAGCUACUAUGGCAAUUAAAAUCAUGAUUGUGUCCAGACUCCACUCGUCAAGAACUAUGGCCAGUGACGUCACUGAAUGUCGGUACCAGAUUAAACAUCUAAGAAUCUCUAUGCUUCUAAAAUAACUUGAUAAUUUAACGUCGUAUGUUAAGGUUUGAAGGAGUUCCUUGUUGCUCAUGUACCAAUCAUUUAACCAAUUAAGUUAUGUAGUAAAUGAUGUCAUCAAAUGACAGCUGUCAAUUAUCAGUACAGUCAUUUGAUUUAUCAUAAUUGCUGUUUAGUGUAAUCAUUACGGUAGUAUAAUCUGUUUUAAUUUACGCACGCUUGUUGAUUGGUGAAAUAUAYCACCGUAUUUCUUUACAUCAAGUAAGCCAUGGUAUUCACCAUCAACAGCAUUAAUGUUAAAGAUAUUUAGCGUGUAAAGCACAUUGGCAUUAUAAACACUCCUUGAAUAAAUCAAUUGUCAAAUAAUCACUGACGGUUUACCAUAAGGAGUGGUUAUAAAUCUUGCAUGGUGCAUAGCUAUCAUAAUGCGACUUUGAAUUGGAUUGCUUGUUUGACUGGCUGCAAGAGCUUGAAGGUAGGGAAUGCUCUUUUUAUUCACUMWUUGCAUUUUACUUUGGUCACUGAAGUUUUUGUCCAAUUUUAGUUUUUUUUUUCAACGUGUACAUUGUAAACUAGGUUUUUUCCAUUUGAAACUAAAUGGGAUACAAGUUUUUGCAUCCAGUCAAUCAGGUUUAUCUGCUCUGUCUAGAAUAAAACUAUAGUCCGCUGACCAUAAUAAGACUCACAGGUGUUGAUAGGUAGAUGCGCAUGCGUCUUGUGCACCUCUUCCUCGGUGUCGGAGAAGAGCAUGGUGAAGCCAUUGGCUAAAAUUACGGUCGAUAUUCCAAGUGGUAGUUUUCCAGACACAAAGGUGCAAUGUAUUUAAUAGAAACUUGUAGUGCAAUAAAAAGUCGUAUUUUAUUACAA